GCCGCAGCUUUUACGGCAAUCAAAUGACCAGAAGCUAGGCACAGGCACGCCACGCCAGCAGCCCAGCCCGCUACACAACUUCCGAUCCCUCCCGCUCGGCCACUCGAGUCUCGAGACACUGCAGCGGCAGACAGCCCACACAGAACACACAGAGCCGAUCCUCGCCAACUAUUAGUCCCACCCACGGCCGGAGCCAAAGUGGCCGCCACGCCAGCCAAGAAAACAGCCAGCGGCAAAGGCAGCCAAGCAGCGGCAGCGGUACCGACAGCAUCAACACCAGCGCGAGCGACUUCCCCCCCUCCCGUGUACGCCUCCCGAGCGGGAGCGACCCCGAUGAAUGAGCUCACGCCCAGUCAUCCCGCGCCCCAGCCGCCGCCGGUCUCAUCGCAGUCGCGUGGCCUCGCCACGCCCUACGCCGCCUUCUCCGCUGCGGGCGCAAUGAACGCCAACGUCGUUAAUCUCGCCGCUGUGGACCGUGCCAAAAGGUUUGAAACCGAAUUCUUCUCUAUUUGCUACCUACACUUUUUGGCUUUGAAGUUGAAGCGACAAGGCGCGCGCUUUGCCAGCCCCCGUCCCCCUUCCCCUCUUCUUUUGUCUUUCAAAUGCAAAAGGAAACGAUUUCGUCUACACCCCCAGUCCUCGUGGCAUACGACCAGCUGAAAACGAGGACGAGGGGAACAGGACCGAGAAGAGGAAUGGGGGACACACGGCACUUCUUUGCUCAAGCCAACAGCGACAAAAUGGUUGGUGACUAAUUGCUUUCCUGGUUUUGUUUUUUGCGCAGCUUUCAGGGCGUUCCUCGUGGUGUGAAUCUGGGCAAUGUCAAGUACCAGUCGCAUCCACAGCAGUUGCAACAGGUAAAUGAGUUUCAUGCUGGACCCUAUGCACCUGCAAACUUUUCGCUGAAGGGCCCCGGGGACAAUCGACCGGUUAACAGCAAUGGAGGAGGCAAGUUCGAUUACGCACCGCCUAGUCAGCAGUACUCGCCGCAUCCGACGCAGCAGCAGCAGUCGUACGUUGCACCAUACGGCUAUCCGUCUUACUCGCAGAAUUAUGGCAAUACUGGAGACUAUCAGCAGCAGCAACAGCCUCAACAGCAACAACAACAAUCCACGCAGCAACAGUAUGGAGGCUAUGCUCAAGGCAGCGAGACAAAUCCCUUAGGCAUGUUGGUGACUUCGGCGACGAACCCGCAGGCCUCUCCCGACGCUAUGCCACACGAACCUGUCAAUAUCGGACUGAAGGACGCAGGAGACCGCAAAUACCGACAGCCUUUUAACGUGGUACCUACCGACUCGUUCCUGAGCUCCAGUGGUGGCUAUGGGCAUGGCGUUGAACGUCCUGGUAACGUGGUGCAGAUCAAAACUACUUCGAGCAAUACGCAGCAACAGCAACCGAUGUACCAGCGCUCAAACAUGUAUGGAGGUACGGCGUAUUUUUCGCAGCAGCAACAGGUGCAGCAACGUACGCAGGAGCCGACGCAACAACACAAUCCGCUGGAUCUGGUGCCUCCUAGUGCCACAAUGCCGGCAAGCUUCGAUGCUAACGGUAAUGGAGGUGCUUCUUCGAAUAUGGGACGGGGCAUGAGCAAUGGUGUCGGUGGGAUGUUUAAUACGGGAUCGCGAAUGCCCCAGUUCAGUCCUAGUGGUUCGGGUCCUUCGCUGACGACGAGGUUGAAAGAUGGAGGUGUGGACAUAUCGACCGGUGCUUCUUCGAAUGGAAGCCACUUGCCGUUUAUGCAGCAGCAACAACCCACCGCCAAGUCGCUUGAACUUACUCAUCCGACGUCGUUGUAUGCAGAUGUCGCGAGCUCGACAACGUCCAUGUCGAUGGUCAGUCUAUCCUCGGAUGGUCCGGCGGCUUCUAUCAAUGCCAACGCGUUGUAUCCGAUGUCAUUAGCUCCAUCGUCAUCUCAGCUCAACUCAAACGGCGAAAAUACAUGCAGUUUGUGCAGUGGCGCACACAGCGACCGAAUCGCGAACAAUUGCGGCCACCGUUUCCACGCCCAAUGUUUGCACUCAUGGGGAGGAUCGACAACCUGCCCACUAUGCGCACAGGCGUCGAACACUAUCACGAACCUCCCGCAAGCGGCAGGUGCGGUUAGUUAUGGUCUCGGAGCAGAGAAUGUCACGAUAUCCCAGAGCUCAGCAGGACCAGGAGAGAUGCCGUUGAAUACUGGUGGUAUUAACAACAGUACUGCCGCUAAUAGCGCUGUGUCCAUACCGCCCAAUUCUGUGGGAUCUUCACAAGUUGCGGCUAUCAACAGUAUGCACGUGAACAAUCCAGGUGGACGUCCACCUCCAAUUGACACGCGCAUUGUUGAUGCUCGUGUUGGGCCAACAACACUGAGUGGAGGCAAACGUAGUGCGACAUCUGCUCGAUCGGGAUCCAGCAGUACCGGACGUGUACGUAAAAACAAGAAGCUCAAAGACUGUUCAGUGCCAGGUUGCGAUCGUACUGUUCGCUCGCGUGGACUUUGCAAGGGUCAUGGUGGAGGACGUCGUUGCGGGUUUGCCGGUUGCGGUCUUAGUGAUCAAGGUGGUGGCUUCUGUAUCAGUCAUGGCGGUGGAAAGCGUUGCCAGCAUGAAGGAUGCGAUAACUCGGCGCAGUCACGUGGACUGUGCAAGUUACACGGUGGAGGUAGUCGCUGCACGGUUCCUAACUGCACGAAAAGCUCACAAGGUCGCGGACUAUGCCGUGCUCACGGUGGUGGCCGUCGUUGCAUGGUCGAAGGGUGCAAUAAGACUGAUCGUCGGGCUGGAUACUGCGUUACUCAUGGUGCUGACAAGAAGUGCAUCAUCCCCGAGUGCUCCAAGACUGGUCGCAUCGACAAUCUGUGCACCAAGCACUACUUCGAGCGCCACCCAGCGCAACCACCAGGAACCGUGAGCACGACUCCGCCUCCUGUCAUCACUGUUAAUGCCAACACCAGCGCUGCCAGAGCCCGGGCUGAGAGAAAGAGAGCAGCUGAACAGCAGGCUGCCGCCGCCAACUACGCGAGCAUGUCUUCCGUGAUGCUUGCUGGACCAGUUCCUUCUUUCGAUGAUCGGGUAGGUGGGGCGGUGGCCAAGACGGAACCGUUUUAGACAUCCAUGCCAACCUGCUUGCAACACUAUUGGUGGCUAUCGCACUGGUCAUGAGAUUGUAAAAAAAAAUUGGACUCAUGGUUGGAAUGCGAAUGCUGGUGAUGGUGAAGAGAGCUGCGAGGGUGGAUGGAUCGUCGGGCGGACCGAGGAAUGUAUUUGUAACGAGGCAAAAUACGCGAAGUGGAAUUUACAUGAUAAAGACGCGAGCUGGAUGGAAACUCGAGCGAUAAAAGAAUCGGCUGCUCGGCGACCGAUGAAAAUGGACGACCGACAGAUUUGAAAGAAAAGUGAAGACGAGACGAAUGGUCACGAUGAAAUUGAAGUGACCGAAACUGAAGUUGAAGACAAGAUUGAUGAUGAAGAAUGGCCAAAUGAAUGAAGAAGGGCCGCACUGAAAUUGCAAAUUGCGCAAAUUGCACACCCCGGCACCAAGUGAAAAAUUGAAAAUGAAAUUACAACUUUUGAAGCACCAGGGUGAGCGAAAUGCGAAAAUGCAGUAAAACAGAAAAACAAAAAAAAAAAUUGAAAACACCCAGGGUAGCUCCACGCUCGCUAGUUAGCGUUUCAGGACUCUUCGGCGGACGGGGAUGAAGAUCAGGAAUCAUUGAAGUGCGGAAAGGACGACGACGCAAAGCCAGCAAGUGAGGAGACAUGCCCAUUGCAUAUAGGAAAAUUCAAGUGACGUAGUAAAGUGAGCACCUCCCCAGGAAUUAAAAUUGGGGAGGAAGUUGAGGAAAUAACGAAGCUCACAGAUGAAUGUUCAGAGAUCGAUGGUCUCCGUUUGACCAUCGACUUUCUUACUAGGCUGACUGAGUUUGUAGUGCUGCUAGUUGACGUUUCAAC